AGUCUACGGAGCAUAACAACCUCCACUGUGAACCAUUAUCAUGAAGAGAAAAAUAAACUUGAUAUUUUUAAUGGUGUCAUGUACAUUGUUUGCGGCGUAUAACGCGGAGGAAAAUGAGGAAUUCGAAACUGUUAAGAACUUGACUCAAAGUUUAGCCAAACUUGUCAGAAAGUACAACAACGAGUUUGAAUCAAAUGGCAACUUGGAUGAGUUGAAAGCAGUGGUUUCAACCAUUGACCAGUCGAUGCUUGAUUACCAGGGAUUGGCCAAAAACCAAUUGGAUUCGUUGCGUACAUCGUACAGUGCGGCGCAAAUCACUUACCGGGAAACUGUCGAUCCGGUGUUUGAGUGGUGUGUAGCCAUCAACAGCACCCUUGACCUGUUCAUAUCCCAAAUAGACAAUAUAAGCUUGUCACAGUCGGAUCGCAAUACAAUUUGGAAAAUUAUGGCCCAAGGAGUACUUGUCAGCGGCAUCAAUAAAGCUGGUAGCUCCUUAAAGGAGCUGAAUUACUUGCAAAGUAAAACGAAAACCCUCAACGAAAUAUUGGGCGAAAUGCUGAAAAAUAUUGAAGCCGAUUUCCGCCCAAAUGGCUACUAUGAAAAGCGGAGACAGGAGAUAUUGGAUAGAACUACACCGAAACCAUGGGACCCCGCAUCUAAAGUUGUGGACGUCAUUUCUCGUUUCUUUAAUGCCAUCAUCGCUUUCUUGAAGGCCCCUCACAGAGGAGUGGCACCUUUUAAAGAGGAAUUUUGUCGGAAAGGACUAGAUGAUGUCGUGGAUGAACGCCGUAAUCCAACGUACCAGGAGGAACUUGCUGCUAUUCAACUGUUUUUCAAAGUUCUGGGUGAUGAGAUCAAGAAUGCAGUCUUAAUUUCCGAGAAGGUAUCUGGCGAUUUUGAGAAAGACAAAAGAAACUUGGAACAGCUUUCGCAGAUCAAUAAGGAAAACAUUUCAAAGUGGCUGGAAAGCAAUCCUGAACUCAGAGGUCGACUUAUUCCAAGCUUCCAGGAAUUGGGAAAAGUCUGCGCAGAUUAUCAAAUUCUACGUUCAAACCCAGGACCUCGGAGGCCCCAAACGACACCCACACCGCCACAGCGGCUUAACGCAUUUAAAUACUAACAAUAUCAGCAAAUUUAUAUAAAAUUUUAAAUUUUUCUAAUAUUUCUUCAAUUAUUUUAGUUUUCAAAAUGUUUUG